AUGACACUCCCUAUUUCCCAAGAAAUUUCCACCGCACUUGAAUUACUAGAUAAUGUAGGAGCCACCGUCAAUACGAUCGCAAUCAACCUGGGAGCCAAUAGACUCGAUAGGAGGAGCUUCCGGAAAUAUCUUUGCGAUUACGCUGACCGCGCUGCGUCCGAUGGCCGACUCAUUAAUGCUUCGAGGGAAGACACCCCUCAAUGUGCCAACCGUGGCUUGCUUCUAGCCUACGCGCAUAUGGAGUUGAUAUGCUGGCUUGCAGACAACAACUAUACCAUCUCAUCUUCGUCCGUCAAAUGGUACAGCUGGAGGAAAAUACGCGCGAAAUACCGCCUCCCUUUACUUGGAGUUUCACCGCAAAAGUCCCAUUUAUUAAGGAAGGUGCAAUAUAUCAAGACCAUAGCAGAUCAGGUAUACGCGGAAAUCGACGCAAAAAAUGUAAGCAUUUCCCUAUAUCCUUCUCUUGGAUAUAACCUAACAAGAGCGAAGGUCCCGGUCUGGAAGGGUCUGUCAGAUACCGGAAAGUCUCAGCGCGUCCGCCGGUUGAUCCUCCACCAGGAAUGGACGACCUUGUUCACCGGGCCAGCCUUGCCCACAAGCAGCUCGCCCAGUGAUCAGAGAAGUCGAGCUUCGCACUUAACCUUCCAGCUUUGA